UCCCCUUGGGGCCCUGUCUGCCCCAGUCCCGCCUCAGCCUCAGGAGCCGUUGGAGUGGCCGCCCCAGCUCUGUGCUGCGAUUAUCAACCGAAGCUGGUCCCAUCUCUUGCCACUGCUGACUGCCCAGGACAUGGCCCUGCUCCUCCUCCUUCUUGUUGGGGGUUCCUGGGCCCCCAGAGUGGUGAGUUCCCAGGCCUUGUUCUCCAUUUCACCGUCAAAUACCGUGCCUUCCAUCUCCUCCACCAGUUUGGCCGUAAUGGACUCUGGGAAGGCCAACUCGAGAGACGGUGAGAGUGAGUCCCCCGGUAGCUCCCUGGCACCUGAAUCCAAAACCUCCCAGGAAGUUUCCUCUGAGAAGUCAUUCAUAUACCCUGAGACUUCCAGUGUGGCCAGGGAGCCUGUUGUCCCCGUGGCAGCGAGUUCUCAGGGAUCCCACAUUCCAGCGACGAUGACCAGCUCUCCUCUAGUAACCCCAGCAGCCUCUGGUGAGCCCAGCGGACACCUUAUCACCACGGUGACCAGUACCUCAGGGACCUCUCCCGUCUCCAGGGAGAGCAUGCCCAUGAUGGCCACCCCAAAGGCCCCUGAAGGCACUCUGUCCUUUUCACGUCCAGCUCAGGGUUCGAGUGGAUUCCCUGUCACUAUGGCAAUGAGCACUGUGGAGACCACCAGGGGGACCAGUGAAACCCCCGUCACCAUGGCAACCAGCUCUGUGGAGACCAGCAGUGAGACAAGUGGAACCCCCAUCAGUAGGGCAACCAAUUCUGUGGAGACCCCCAGUGGGAGCAGUGGAACCCCCAUCACCAUAGCAACCAGCUCUGUGGAGACCAAGGAUGGGACCAGGGAAACUCCCAUCACCAUGGCAACCAGCACUGUGGAGACCCCCGGUGGGAGCAGCGGAAUCCCCAUUACCAUGGCAACCAGCACUGUGGAGACCCCCGGUGGGAGCAGCGGAAUCCCCAUCACCAUGGCAACCAGCUCUUCCAAGACCUCCAAUGAGAUGAGUGGAUUCCCUACCACCAUGGCAAGUAGCUCUGUGGAGACCACCAGUGCAACCAAUGGUCACCCUAUCACCGUGGUCCCUAGCUCCCUGGAGACCUCUGGCACUAGGGUAGAAACUGCUGUGGUGACUACCAAGGAGCCCUCUGGAAACACGAGCGUGCAGCCAGAGAUGGGUGGCAUGAUGCUGGUGGCCAUGCUGGUGGCUGUGCUGGUGGUCAUACUUCUCCUGGCCCUGCUCCUGUUUUGGCGCCGGCGGCAGAAGCGGCGGACUGGCGUCCUGACUCUAAGCACAAGCGGAAAAUACAACGGUGCUGUGGAUGCCUGGGCUGGGCCAGUGAGGGUUGCCGAUGAGGAGGCUGUGCUAACAAUCGCAGGAGAGUCGGGGGGACCCAAAGCCUCGGGAACCCCCGAGGUGGAGGAGUCUGGUCAGCUGCCCACGCUCAGCACUUUCUUUGGUCGGCGGAAGUCUCGACAGAGCUCGGUGGCUCUGGAGGAGUUUAGGCCUGGGUCAGGCCCCGGCCCUAUGGGGGAAGAGGAGGAGCCGCUGGUGGGUUGCGAGGAAGAGGCUGCUGACGCCCCUACUUCCAAUGGGCCAGCAGCGGGGCCUGGGGCUGAGCCUCCCCGCUUGUGAAUGAGCGGGUGCUGGAGCUCGCUGCCCUUCCCCACGCCCCUACCUCUCCACCUCCCCUGCUACUGUUACUUCCAACCUUUCCCUCACCAGGCGUCUCCAGGUGUUACCACCCUG